CGUCCAUGUGUAUAAAUAGGAAACAACCAUUUGGUUGAGGUUUGUUUCGAUUUGGUCUUUCAAAGAAAAAAUAAAAAUAAAAAUAAAAAAAAUAAAGAAAAGCAAAGGCUCUCUUCACGCACAUCAAAGCACCAAAACAAAAACCGAAACGCAUGCAUUUCUAAUUUUUCUAUCUCUUUUAAACUUCUUCCUCUUCCUCCUCCUCCCUAUUCUCUCAUCAUUUCUCUCCUUCCAUGGCCGUCGAUGCUCACCAUCUCCUUCUCUCUCCUUCUCAACUCUUUUCCAACAGAGUAUUGAUGAUGAAUAACAACAGCGCCACCAUGGAACCAACUAACGGCGGCUUCUGCGCAAACAAUCAAAUCGGAUACGGAGGCGUUUCACCUUUCUCGGUGACGGACGACUCGCCUUCUUUUCUUCAUAUGUACGGCGGCUCCUCCACCGCUGAUACCAUUCCGACAACCGCCGACUCCUUCACUUACUACGCCGACGGUGCUAAUGUCGACUGUGAUUUGUUCUCUUUACCGACGAGAAAACGCUCCAGAGACUCCAGAUCGACUUCUUAUCAUCAUCCUAAUCAGAACCUUAUUAGAUCAUCAUGCGCUACUGCGACGACAACUCCUUUUUCGUUUCUGGGUCAAGACAUCGAUAUCUCCUCCCACAUCAAUCAGCAACAGCAUGAAAUCGAUCGAUUCGUCUCCCUUCAUAUGGAGAGAGUGAAAUUCGAGAUUCAAGAAAAGAGGAAGAGGCAAGCGAGGACGAUAAUGGAGGCUAUAGAGCAUGGACUGGUGAAAAGGCUCCGAGUCAAAGAAGAAGAGAGAGAGAGGAUCGGGAAGAUAAACCACACGCUCGAGGAGCGCGUGAAGUCACUCUCCAUCGAGAACCAAAUAUGGCGGGAUCUCGCUCAGACCAACGAAGCCACCGCCAACAACCUCCGCACCAACCUCGAGCAGGUCCUGGCGCAGGUUAAGGACCUACGAAGCGUCCCCGGCGCAGGAUUAGAUGACGUUAACGCAAACGCCAACGCAAACGCCGAAGACGACGCGCAGUCGUGCUGCGGAAGCAGCUCGGGUGAAGAAACGGUUAGGCGCAGGGUAGCUACGGGGGCGCAUGAUAAGGCGACGAUAGGUAGGAUGUGCAGAAACUGUGGGGAGGGGGAAUCCUGUGUGUUGCUCUUACCGUGCAGACACUUGUGCUUGUGUGGAGUCUGUGGGUCCAGCGUUCACACGUGUCCCAUCUGUAGAUCUCCCAAAAACGCUAGCGUUCAUGUCAACAUGUCACCUUGACCCCCGUUUAUGGAAACUAUUCUAUUCUCUUUUUCUUUUUUUUUUUGUUAAUGGAAGUUUUUAUUCUUUUUUUCUAAAAACUUGUAAGGAAAUUAGUUGAAUAUUUUUUUAGCUAAGAAAUCAAAAUCAUGAGAAGGAAAACCUUCACUACUAAGAAAGAAAAAA